AUGGCAUCAGUGCGCUCACUUGGGCUUCACGAUCCCCCCGCAUUGCCUUUUCUCGUCCACGAAGCCCUUCUCCCGAUAGAGCCCUCAGACGAAGACUACAAAUGGUGCACCCAAGGGCCAGAGUCAGAUGACGAUAUUAUAUACACCAAAAAUUGCGCUGUUUGGUCCCGCGGCGGCGUGGUGAAGCGCGUUUUUAAGAUUGAAAUCGAAAAAGAGGAAAUUCACCAUGUUGUUCUCACAAGCUUUCCUUCGGUAUGUGCUGAAGCGCAGUCCGAUGGGACGGCGGAUAUACACUCUGCCAGCCGUCUGCAGACAGACAGUCAAGGUGAUACGACAAAGGUGAUUGUGGCUCCCAUCGACCGAGGGUCUACCAAAGGACGUAUGUACCCAUACAGAGAUCCUUCAAAAGCCCUUGUAGUUGUUCUCAAGACGCAAGCACACAUAUUCUUUCUUGCUGGAAACACACAUGUCGUACCUUUGCCAUUCGAGGUGGAUUCUGUGUUUGCUUCUCCUCGAGGGUUGAUAUUCCAGAGACGACUUCCGGACGAAACUCCGACGCCUUUUCCUGAAGCACCCCCCAAUUCCUUCAUGUCAUACCAGACCCAUUCAGAACAUCGACAAAGCCAUAUCUUCAGAUCUUCAAGGGGUCGAGAGAAACGGGCUUCGCCCAUCUUGGGCCUAGCGCAGCCAUCCCGGCUACCGCAAAAAAGGUCUGACGACCUGGAUAUGCCGCGGACAUUCUCCUUGAGCGACCCUCAUUCGGAAAUGGGUCAUGUUGUCGCGAAUCAAUCUACACAUGCUACACAUCACACUCAAGAUUCCUGGGCAUAUGAUAGUCUCGACCCUGCAGAAGAAAUUGUUUAUGUGUCAGCCGUCAACGAACUCUUAGGCGACAGCCCCUCCGUUAAAGAAUCCCCUUUGGUCCUUGUUGUUACAAUAAAUGCAGUUACCAGACUUUACACAAUCUGGACAGCAAAAUUUCGAGGCGAAACUAGUGGACAAGAAUCUAGAAAACGGAAGAAGCCGCUUCCCAGUGGAGCACGCUCAAAAAGACGAAGUUCACAUUAUGGGAUGACGACAGGUACUACGACUCCUGUCGUUCGCCCUUCUGGCUUGAGAGAAAGCAUUGGGGCAAGUCGAAGCCUACCCGGGGCUUCAUUUUCUCAAAGUUUCCAGGCAGAGGAGCCUCUAGAACAAGCAGACUUUGCGUCUCAGAUGGGACAGGAAUUUGAAGACAUUGGUGUUCCGUCAAAAACGUCACGCCGGGUAAGUUCAUUGCUUGCUAGAACAGAACUUGGGGCUAGCCAAGAUAGAAUGACUUUCUCGGACCUUGCCACGGGAAAUCAAGGAAACACAGCAAACCAUGGUAGCCUACGACAGUCAAUCGGCGCCUACAGUACCCGUGCUAGCUUUGGUGGUCGUAAUUUGAGAAACUCAUUCGCAGGAAACGCUUCAGUUUACAGUACCACCAGCAGCUUCUUGGAUGCUCCUGUUGACCGCCUUCUAGAAGAAUUGAACAAUGGCGGUGACUUUGAAGGAUUCGGGAGCAUGGACCUAACAGGCCCUAUGUCUGGUCUGCACAAAGAAAUGAUGCUUCGUAAAGUCGAAAGCUUCUCGUCAGGCUUGUCAAGUGGCAGUUUUUCUUUCACUGAGUUGAAGCAAAGUCGCUCCAAACCUAAAGCAUUUACCCUGCGACCUACUGAAAGUGUACAUCAAGAAACAUCCAGCUCGUCGCCUAUUGCUCUCUGUCUGCUUGACGAGACUUCCAGGUGUCUGGUAGUUGUCAAUCUCAGCAUACAGAAUGUGAGCCUGUCCAGCAGGGACAGAGCGGCUUCUCGAAAGCACGGGAAAUCGGAGAAUUCCAAUGGGAAGACUACGAUUGUUCAGGCCAUAGGUAUACACCAUGCCCCAAAUGUGAUGGAUGUUUGUAAGGUUGUAGACGGUGAAGUCUCACGAAUAUUGACUCUCAAGUCUACUAUGGAUGGCAAAGGCGAGUUAUCCUUGCAAUCUCCAUGGGGUCCUUCCACAAAAAUCGAACUUCCACCCAAGCUUUUACUGCAUCAGCCCCAACGGUACUCGGCUGUUCAGAAUCGAGCACAAGAUGCAGGCAUGAAGAGAGUUAUUGGUGAUCAAAAUUUGAACCUUACUGCCUUCGGGCAUUCUUCUGCUCAUGGUCAAGUAGAUAUUAUUGACUCUGAGAAGAGGCGUCACCGUAUCGAAAUCCAACUCCAGCCAAAAAAUCCCCUUGUAAAGAAGGUGCUGGCUGUGUGCCGAUUCGUUCUUCGAGACGCAAUCCGAGCGGCUGAUGGAUUAUACACAGCUUGGUGGGAAGUACUGCGGUGGCUCAUCUCCGGGGGAGUAGAUGAGAAUGACCUCGAAUGGACUGCACUUGUCGUCGUACUUUUUACUAUGGCAGUCGGAUUCAUCGACUCACCGCAAUCUCGGACCCCGGCUGCUAAGAAGCAAAGACGCAGGGGAAACAUUUUAAGGUCAAGCAGCGGUAGCUACAUUGACCAAGAAAGUUGGGAAUCCAUGACGGAGAAGCUAGCUGGGUCAUCCGGAGUUACAGCACCGUGGAUGAUGAGCAGCUCCUGGACAUGGGUGUCCGGUCUCAGAGACGACCACAACGGCAAGCACUUUCUAACAGAGCAGCAGGCGCAGAAUGGUCAAUCGAAGAACUCCUAUUUGCUUCGAUGUGUCAGCCUCGCACGUGAUUUCUUUGACAGCCCUCAGGGUGAAGCUGCCUCCGGUUCUGAAGGAUAUCUGCCAACUGCACUGUGCCAGAGUCAGACCACACGGCGUAGCGCACUGUGUAGUAUUCUUGUUGGUCUACAUCUGCUACGUGAAGAACAAAAACUUUCAAUAUGCGACAGCGAAAGCUCUUAUCAUGAAAUAGGCAUGCUAGCACCAAUACUAGCCCAGAUCGGUGGAUGGGUGGGGUGGAAGUCAUGGACCUGGAAGGAAGACAGUUAUUAUGGAACAGAGAUGGCGACAGUGAGCGGCUGGGCCUUCGAAGACAGUCAAAUAUCUGGAUUGGAGUUGCCAUCAGAGCCUUUUGCACCUCCUUCAAUCUUUGGUCAUCUUCAGAGCUCCGUCUUAUCUCAAACUGCGAAUAAUUUUGCUACGCUCCUUGAUAUCUUGACGAAUGUGGAUCGCGCAUCUGAUAAAAUUGCUCUUAGAAAUGAGGUUAUGAGCCUGACACCGAGGACUUUGGCACUCAAUGGGUUCAUGUCAGAAGUACAUGAAAUGUCGAGCCCGGCCGACAAAGUUAAACUCUUGCUUCGCUGGGGCUUGACAACCAGUGUGAUUGAAAGCUUGCCAGAGGGUGUGAAUGCACCUUUAUUCGAGCUAAUAGUCCGUUGCCAAAUAGAACCACCAACGUCUUGUACUGCUGCCCUGAUAGGACUUAUUGACAGGGAUGAUCUUUACAUGUCCAUGAAAACUGAAACUAUUUCGCUACCAUCAUCUCGGCCUCAACUCGGAGCCAGCCACCUUUCAGUUCGGGAUGUUCAUCAUAUAGGAGCCUCGACCCUAGAUUUCGAACUUUCCAAUUCUUUUGAGGCUUCUGUUGAAGCCGAUCGCAUAUUCAUCACUAGAUUGAUGUUUCGCGAGGACAGGCGAUUCCAAGAAGCUUCCAGGCUUCUCAACCAGUCAAAAGCGCCAGUGGCGCAAUGUUUCCCUGAGCCCGAAUGGUCUGACUCAGAUCUCCUUGAAGCCCAGAAAGAGAUUGUUCAGCUUGUGACCCUAAGAACGCUCUCAGUGCCGGCUGGUAGGGCAAUGUUUAUGUUUAGCGGUCGCUCACCCUUACUAACCGAGAAACUGCCGAUACCAUCUUUCUCUCUGCAAUGCUUAAUGAAACCGUCUAAUGUGACUAUCAGUGCGGACAGGUCUGCCUUUAACGAAGAAAAGGUAUGCUGGGCUUUCUUUCACAAUGGGGCCGCCACGGGGUUGGCCAUAUCCAAAGCCUCUAAAGGCAUUGACACAUCUUGGAUUCUGUUUAACAAACCCCAAGAGCUCACAAACCGCCAUGCCGGAUUUCUGCUUGCUCUAGGUCUGAAUGGCCAUCUCAAGAAUCUGGCAAAAUGGGUGGCAUUCAAAUACUUAACCCCCAAGCAUACAAUGACAUCAAUUGGCCUUCUUCUGGGCCUCUCUGUUUCCUACCUAGGAACCAUGGACACACUCAUAACACGUCUCCUGUCGGUGCAUGUUACACGGAUGCUUCCCCAAGGUGCAGCCGAGCUGAACCUUUCGCCUCUUACGCAGACGGCCGGUAUUAUGGGAAUUGGACUGCUAUAUUGCGAUUCUCAGCAUAGAAGGAUGAGUGAAGUGCUCCUAUCUGAAAUCGAAAGCGUGGAGCAGGAAGAGGGAACUAUCUCUCCUGAGACACUUCGCGAUGAGGGUUACCGGCUCGCCGCUGGUUUUUCAUUAGGACUGAUCAACCUUGGUAAAGGCAAAGACCUUCGGGGUCUACGAGAUAUGCAAGUUGUCGAGCGACUUCUAACGCUGGCUAUCGGCACCAAGAAUGUUGACCUAGUGCACGUGUUAGACAGGGCGACCCCGGGUGCUACUGUCGCUCUCGCAAUCAUUUUUAUGAAGACGAAUGAUGAACUGCUUGCUCGUAAAGUUGAUAUCCCAGAUACGACAGUACAAUUUGACUAUGUCCGACCUGAUCUUUUCCUUUUACGGACUCUGGCUCGACAUCUCAUCAUGUGGGACAGCAUUAAACCCAGCUCCGAAUGGCUCCUAAGCAAAAUCCCAAAGACUUACAGGAAGCGACAUCGACUCAGUACCAUCCGGCACCUUUCAAGCGAUGAUAUGCCGUUUUUUAACAUCAUCGCAGGUCUCUGCUUUGCAAUCGGACUACGUUAUGCGGGCUCGGCUCACAGCGAAGCUAGAGACUUGCUAAUACGGUAUCUCGAUCAGUUUAGACGGAUUGUGCGACUUCCUGCUUUACAUUACGAUAGCAAACUAGCGCGCAAUUCAGUGCGUCAUUGUCAAGACAUUGUGGCGAUUUCAGCUGCAGCCGUUAUGGCUGGCACGGGUGAUUUAACCCUGUUCCGACGGCUACGCUCUCUUCAUGGACGUGUUGAUGCAGAUACCACUUACGGAAGUCACAUGGCGGCACAUAUGGCGAUCGGCCUACUCUUCCUAGGGGGCGGAUGCUACACUCUUGGUACAUCUAACUUAGCAGUUGCAUCGAUGCUAUUUGCUUUUUACCCCCUGUUCCCUACAUCCGUCCUUGAUAAUAAAUGCCACCUACAAGCGUUUCGGCACUUGUGGGUAUUGGCCGCGGAGCCACGAUGCCUCAUCGCCAGAGACGUCGAUAGUCGACGGCCUAUAUCUAUUCCCGUAUCGCUGAAGAUGAAAGAUGGAACCACACGAGAGGCUACUGCGCCUUGUUUGCUGCCCAAUCUAGAAGAAAUUGCCUCGGUCAAAGCGCAUGGGAGAGAUCAUUGGCCGCUGGUCCUCGACUUUGACCGAAACGACGAAUUGCGCGGGAAGUUCCGCCGGGGGGACCAAUCCAUUUAUCUAAGAAGAAACACAACAUACGAUCCAUCUGGGAACUCAGUAUUUGCCUCUACGCUGUUAGGGCUGAGCGAAGCUCAAGAUAUUCUCACCAGCUCUGUGAUAGGAUCUUGGAAAAAGCCCAUCCCGAAUGCAGCAGCGUUGCUAGUUAUGCAGGGGCAAAAAAACAAAACAACAAGACACGAUGUCUGGGACUGGAUUUUUUCUUUGCGUCCAUUACAGAAUUUAGAUGUUACCGACCGAUCGGCUGUUUUGCCUCCAUCUGUGUUCCAGUUUCGACUACGCUAUGCUGCAUCCUCUCAGGGGUCAGUAGUGACCCCUUCGUGGCUUCGGUUAUCCUCGGUGGAUACUCGUCUCGUACUUGAAAGUACGGUUAAUGAAGCAGUUGAAGAAGCUUUUGGUAAUGGUGGGAUGACGCGGCAGGCAUUUGAUGUGAUCAAAGACCGGCUCUGGCAAUUACGACUUCUUUUUGACUGGAUAAAUCGCCAAGCGGAGACAGAAAGACAGAACAAGGGUGACUCUGCAGGGCUCCAAAAGCGAGCAGCGGCCGGUGGUGGGUGGCUGAAUCGUGAGGUUAUUGAACAAGCACAGUGGAGGAUUUGGGGUAUACGAGUCGGAGACCAGCUAAGCUAA